AUGCACGAUGCGGUGGAGAAAAAGAAAAAAGGAUUAAGACUGGUUGCUCGUAAGUCGAUAAUGAGUAAAUGGCGUAAGCUGAAUUCUGAUGAUUCUGAUGUUCCGCCUUCCACGGAGCCCGAAAUUAACGAGUCACCUAGUCACAUACUGCGGCUUAAAUUGAGCGAAGCUGUCGCUGCAGAUCCUUCUCUUGACGGAGUUCCAUUGCCGACCUUCUUCAGAUAUGCAAUCGAUUACAUUGAAGAACAUGGUCUCACCACGGAAGGAAUUUAUCGUCUUUCACCGCCUAAAAAUCGUCUGGACGAGCUCGAGCGAAAAGCGAAUAAUCGAGAACCACUUUAUUUUGCUGAUGUACAUGACGCUACUGGAUUAAUUAAACGGUUUCUUCGUCAGACUCCUGAACCAGUCCUUCCUGUGGAAUUUGAACGUAUCGCUGAAUCUUGUCAAUGCGGUCUUGCAUUUGCCACACAAUUAAAGCCAGGCGCAAUUUGCACUUGUGGAAAAGUUCAAGAAAUGAAAGAAGCGCUUAAAUUGCUCGAAAUCGAACGUAAAACGUUGUUCUACUACGUCUUCCUCCACGCCCAAAAUGUUAUGACAAAGGAGAAAGAGAACAAGAUGGGGCUUCAAGCGCUUGGGCUUUUGCUUCAGACUGUCCUUGAAAUGUCGCGUAAAUUGGUCUGUUUUUCGGUGCACGCAAUUCGAGCAUUUGACGGAAGACCAGUAGAAGGAGGGUGCUAUCUUCUCGAGGAGAGUUUUGAAAUUGUCAAGUGA